CAUACUGACUUCCACCUGCAUGGCUUUCCUGGGAUCUCUCAGUCUAGACAAGUCCUCGCCAUCCCGAUCCUUUUCAUUGAUAUUAUAAUAUUGAUGGGGAACUGCACCAUGGCAUAUAUAAUCUGGAUGGAGAAGACUCUACACCAGCCCAUGUACAUACUCAUCUCUUUGGUUUUCUCAGUGAAUGUCUCCUACGCUAUGACCAUAAUGCCCAAAUUCCUUCUUGGGUUAAUGUUUGGACUGGAGCAGAUAACAUUGGUGGGGUGCCUCACACAGAUGUUCUUUAUGUACAUUGCAGGGACCUUUAACUCAAACCUCCUCCUCCUGAUGGCUGUUGACAGGUAUGUUGCCAUUGUUCUACCUCUGCGUUACCACCUUCUUAUGACCAUGAAAACAUUGGCCUUUCUGGUAUUCCUCAGCUCCCUGCGGAAUUUUCUUUUUGUUUCCCUGAUAGUUGGUUUUGCCUCUAAGGUUCAGUUUUGUGGCUCCAACAUCAUCCUGAACUUUGCCUGUGAGAAUAUGAGUCUCUUGAAUUUGGGAUGUGGAGACAUUUCCGGUGUUCAGGCUGUGGGCCUUUGGGUGAGGAUCUUUCUGGUGAUGGUUGAUGGAACCUUCGUUGUGUUAUCUUACAUGAGGAUUCUUCACACUGUCAUGAAGUUAGUAGCGGGAAGGGCUCGGGACAAGGCCAGGCAGACCUGCAGUGCCCAUUUGUUGGUGACCAUGCUGACCUAUUUCUUUGGUUUGUCCUCCUCCAUCAUAUAUCGAAUGGGGUCUGUCAUCUCAAAUGACGUUCAAAACACAACGAGCUUACUAAAUUACGUCAUCCCCGCAGCUGCCGACCCGAUCAUCUAUGGAGUGAAGAUGAAGGAAAUCAGGAACAGCCUGAAAAAAAGACUUUCCCUAAAAAUCACCAACAAUUCAGCACUCCGGUGA